GUAGUUGACUUUGUAUGGGUUCGAAUAAUUUAAUGGAGUCCUGUGAAUGGAUUGGUCUCCCUUUUACCAUUCCCUCGGACAUUCCCCAACUCUAGCUUCAUCCGUUUUUGGACAUGGAUAUCCUCAUCUUUUUCUCUUGUCUCUAUGCCCUUUUACAUGCAGCAGCAGCAGCAGCAGAGCCUUGCUCCAUAACCAGGUGUGGAAGAAAUGAAGUCCCUAUACGAUUCCCCUUCCGCCAACAAGGUAAACAACCCGAGAGCUGUGGGUACCCGGGCUUCAACUUAGGCUGCAGAAGUCAGAAUAAAAUUUAUGUCAACCUCCCUUAUUCGGGAGAGUUUUACGUCCAUAUCAACUAUCUCGAUCAACAGAUAGAUAUUUACGACCCCGACGACUGCCUCCCGAGGAGGCUUCUCAGCUUCAACCUCUCGGGGUCUCCCUUUGUGGCCGUUUUUCAUCAGAACUACACGUUCCUAAGCUGUCCGACUCAGGUGACGAAUUCUCGGUUGAACACCAUCGGUUGCCUAAGCAAUUCGACGCACUCGGUCUUGGCUACUUCUUCCAUCAACCUCGCGAAUCGAAUGGCCUCAUCGUCGUGCCGUAUCAUCAGCACGUUGCCGAUCCCCGUUUCGGGGCCGGCUAAGUCCGAGGAAGGUUUCACGGCCGAACUUGGUGCUGACAUUCAGCUAACAUGGUAUGCACCUCAAUGCGUAGAAUGCGAAGAACAAGGCGGAAUCUGUGGGUUAAAGAACCAUAGUAGUGAAGAAAUCGAUUGUUUCAAUCUUCCCGAAUCAGGCGGAAGAAGCGAAGGUCUUCGAGUUUUCAGGAUCAUCUGCUUGUCUAUUGCCAUACCAUCACUCUCGUGCGCGGUUGGAAUCGCCGUUUUUGCAUGCUUCUUUGACCGUAACGUGCAGCGGAACAACAGUCCGACUGCAGUGUUGCCACAACCGAUGGUUUCCGCAACUGGACUGGAUGAGUCGACGAUUGAAUCGUAUGAAAAGAUGGUGGUGGGCGACAGCCGGAGAAUACCGGGCCCCAAUGAUGCCACUUGCCCUAUAUGCUUGUCUGAAUACCGUACCACAGAAACCAUCAGGUGCAUACCGGAAUGCAAGCACUGCUUCCAUGCUGAAUGCAUCGAUGAAUGGCUACGGUUGAACACUUCUUGCCCGGUGUGCCGGAACAAUCCGUCGACGGAGGAUGCUGGUUCACGUGAUGACCCCGUUUGA